AAUAAUAAUAAUAAUAAUAAUAAAGGGUUUAUUUAGUUUUUUUUUAGGUGGUGGGAAUGGGCUUCCAUAGCUAACAGAUGAUCAGCCUUAUAACUUUGCCAUUUUUUAUUCCUAUUUUGACUUUGCACUGUUGCAAAGCUCCGCUUUUAUUUUGACAGCUAUUUGCCUGCUGGAACACUUCCGGAUUUUCAGAGCUGCAGGCCGCUAGAGGGAACCCCCGAGGGAGUUCAAAAUGAAUAGGACGGAAUGGAAGUAAACGGCUAAAAAUACUUAUUAAAAUAGUAACUUACUACUUGCUCAGGAUAUUCCUUUACUUUUAGACAGUCGAAUAAUGAUAUUUGCUAAAAUAUAAGAACCCAGACCUAUAUUUGUCCAUUUUCUUUAGUAAACAGGUUUUAGGCAGUAAAGGCUCUGCAGUACUGAGGAGCUGAUGCUGGAGUUACAGGCAGAGCAUUGGGUUUAAAAGGUUUAUAACUGGAGUUUAAAUUAUUUUAAAAUUAUUUUUGCGGGGCUGAAUCAGUUGAUAUUGUUCAGAGUAAAAAUUAUAUAACAUUUAUAAACUCUGAUUUUGCUCAAUUGCUCCGUAUGAUCCUAUUCAUUCAGGACUCGCCCUCUGGCGGUCAAACAAACCCGGAUAAGAGACUGAAGUGGGUACUCUCUCCUCUUUAUUAGAGAGUCUCUGGUAUCGGGUAUUAGGAGGUCCACAGCUGGAGUGUUUUGGAGUAUUUUGGGGUGUUUUUGUUCCUCAUCUGUGGAGGAUCAGGAUCAGCUGAACUGUAGAAGUCUCAGCAGCAGUAAGAGCAAACACUGUCCCUGUCCUGUUGCUACUGUCCCGCGACACUCACCUACUGUCCCGCGACACUCUCCUACUGUCUCGGGACACUCUCCUACUGUCUCGGGACACUCUCCAAUUUCUCCGCUCCAGCUGCGAUUCAGGAGAUAAAAACACUGGAAUGAUUCCCAUCUAGUUCCAAGCCUUGUCCUGCUUCUAGUAUUGGCUUUGCUACCUGGAAGAAGUUUAUCUCUACAAACAUCUAAUCAGGAGAUUUCACAAAGAUCAAUGUUAAGCUGCUAAAAGGUUAAGCACAAGGCAACCACAACAAUCUCCAGGACCUGCAGAAGUACCUUGGUACAUCACACAGACCAAUGAUGUCAAGUCCACUCAAGGAGAAAACUCACCACUGUAUCGACUGUGGAAAGAGUUUUGUUAAAGAGUGUAAUCUCAAAACACACCAGCGCAUUCACACAGGAGAGAAACCAUAUCACUGCACAGAGUGUGGAAAGAAUUUUCAUCAACUGGGUGAUCUCAACAGACACCGGCGCAUUCACACAGGAGAAAAACCCUAUCAGUGUUCAGACUGCGGGAAGAGUUUUACCCAGCUGAAUCAUCUUAACACACACCUGCUCAUUCACACAGGAGACAAACCAUAUCAGUGUUCAGACUGCGGGAAGAGUUUUAAUCAACUGUGUAUUCUCAGAAGACACCAGCAAAUUCACACAGGAGAGAAACCGUAUCCCUGCUCAUACUGUGGGAAGAGUUUUACUCAACUGAGUACUCUCAACACCCACCAGCGCACUCACACAGGAGAGAAACCGUAUCACUGUUCAGACUGCGGGAAGAGUUUUACUCGACUGGUCCAUCUUAACAGACACCAGCGCACUCACACAGGAGAGAAACCGUAUCACUGUUCAGACUGCGGGAAGAGUUUUACUCGACUGGUCCAUCUUAACAGACACCAGCGCACUCACACAGGCGUGAAACCAUAUUACUGUUCAGACUGUGGGAAGAGUUUUAAUCAACAGACUACUUUCACCAUACACCAGCGCCUUCACACAGGCAUGAAACCAUAUUACUGUUCAGACUGUGGAAAGAGUUUUAAUCAACUGAUUCAACUCCACAUACACCAGCGCAUUCAUACAGGAGAGAAACCGUUUCACUGCACAGACUGUGGGAAGAAUUUUACUCGUCAGAGUAGUCUCAAUUCACAUCAGCACACUCACACAGGAGAGAAACCGUAUCACUGUUCAGACUGUGGAAAGAGCUAUAGGUAUUCAGAAACAUUAAGGAAACACAAGUGCACUAAGAGCAGUCAUGGAAAUAAAUACAAUAACACACCCAGGUGCCAUACAGAUUCUAAAGUAAACUGAAGACACCCUCCCACCAACACUCUUAUUAUGGAUUGUUUCACAAAUAUAUAAACAUGGUUUAUUCAUUAUCUUUAUUAUGUAAUCUCUUUAGCUGUGUCACAGUUGCACAAGGCCGUGGAUUUUUAUUUUUUGUUUUGAGUUUGUUUAUAAGACUGUUCUCAUACAGAGUUCCCCAAUGGUGGAACAAACUACCUUCCACUACCAGAUCAGGAGAAUCUCUCGCUAUCUUUAAGAGACUCCUGAAGACAGAGCUCUUCAAAGAGCACUUACUCUCCUAACACCUCUAACACACUAACUACUUCUAACCCCAUUUCCUUCUUCCCCUCCUUCACUUCUCUAUCCCUUUAUUUCCCUUCGACCUCCUUUAAGCCCUAUCUAAAAAUGGUUUAUCUUAAUUCCUAUUUCUUUUGUACUUCACUAUUGUAAGUCGCUUUGGACAAAAGCGUCUGCCAAAUGUAAUGUAAUGUAAUGUAAUGUAAUAAGGGGACUGAAGAAGAGUAUACAGGAACUAUGGGAAACCAGACGGUGCCAUGGUUGGAAAUCUGUAAAUGUAAUGGCAAUUCAGAAGCCAAUGUAUUCUGUUCUUUGAUUUACAUGUAAUUUAAAUAAAUGUUACCUUUAUACAAAAAGUGUACCAAAUACUAUAUACGUAAUUGCUUUCAACAACUCCCAGUGCUUUUGGUGUUCUCUCUCUCUCUCUCUCUCUCUCUCUCACUCUCUCU